AUGGAGAUCAAGCGAAGAAUGAUCGAUCAUUCCAAGCGAUGGAGCAAAGUCCGCCGACAGCUUUCUGAAGAGACCGCAUCAACACCACCUCCGCUGGCAGCCACAUCCUCUUCCCCGGUAGAAGAAGAAGAGUCAGACUCUGAAGAUGAAGACGACUCUGGAGAAAGCGAGGAUGAAGAAGAAUUACCCGCUCCACAACCCACUGAAGUUCCACCGCAGGAACCGACGCAAAGUCGGACUCUAUCACGUCUCGCUUCUGCAACCUCAUCGGUCCAAGCAUCUGCAAGCCAAACUGGGAUUGUCAAGAUGUCAAUGACAGGAAUAACGUCGCCAACUGCGACGCUCGAUACGGCGGUCAAUUCAGCCUCUUCCAAACCCACCACGGCCUCGGCUUCUGCAGCAGUCCCGCUGACUGGUGUUCAGUCCGAAUCGUCCUCCUCCCUCUCCACCAUGAGCAUUGCGGCGAUCAGUGUAGGCUCGAUCAUCGGCGCCUCCGCGUGCCUCAUAGCCGUGCUCUAUUUCUUCCGGAUGUUCUGCUGCCGUCGUCGACGUCAGAAACAAACCUCCCAGAUGGGAGAUGGACAUGGGGUAGGGGACCAAAUCCGAAUCACAGACCACGCCUCACCCCUGGCCAUGGCCGUGGCCCAAGUUCAUGUUCCCCUACCAGCACCUAUAGACCCAAAACGUUUCUCUGUCCAGUCGUCAUCUACCACGGGGAACAGUGCGACUCAAAUCCCAUCUUACAAUCAGGCCAUGGCGUACGACCCACUCUUCCACCCGAUCAUUCCCGGAAACGAGGUAUCCCAGGAUGAGAAACCUGUGCACCUGUUCAGAGAGCAGGUCGAUCCAUUUAUUGAGAGCGCGAGAACGAGCCAGUUCACCAGCGUCGAGGUGCCUGUUCUUGAGCCGAGUAGGCAGCGGCACCCUCCGCCGCGUCCGCAAUUCUCUCCAGCUCUUCCAGCUCAUCCUCAAUCUCACAACUUCUCCCCGCCACCGGUGUCUCUGACUGCACCUGAACCUCCACAUGUCCACCUCCUCUUCCCAGCACAAUCCGACAUUUAUGCCGAUCAAACCACUGCAUCCUCUCCUGCCAUCUCCUCGAUCCGCCAUGGCUCUCAGCCGGGUGCUCCACCAUCAACAAUCAGCUCGAUACGCAGCAUCUUCGUCCCGCAGAACCGCGAGUCCAUCACUCCCAGUGAGUCGGCGAGCAAUCUCCCGUACGACCGUUGGGGGGGGGCAGGAGAGGAGAAGGGAGGUUGAGAAGUUACAGACCACGAUGGCCGGGACAAGCCCUUGCUGGUAGCGGACAGAUUGGAGGCGGCGGUCGUGAUGGAGGAGGAGAAGGAUGGUGUGUUAAUGAGCAGACUUAGAUAUGAAAACCCAUCGUGCAUGGGAUCGACAAGGAGUCGGAAACACGACAUGAAAUUGAGUUGAAUGAAAGUGGGCUGGGCUAUCAAGUAUUGUAAA